UUCAGUUGGAUUCCGUUUCUCGACCGAUUGAGACGUUAGCGCACCGCAGCUCGAUAAAAAGACGGGAGUGCAUUGUGCAUAUCGAAAGCCCCUUCCAAACACAACACAACUCGAGCAUAGACCUCCACACUCAGACAUGUUUACUGUCGCUAAAUAAUUUGAUAUUAAUUUGUAUGCCGGCAAAUAAAUAAAACAAAAGAAACAUACUGCCAUAAACGGAGAAAUAAAUCGACCAGAAUUGCCGAAGCUUCGAUGUGUUAAUUGAAGGCAGCCCCCAAAAGAAAAGAGUGUAUCCAAUAGCUUCAACGAGACGUGGCUAAAGCGAGGCAUGUGCCUCUAGGUCGGUGUUCGGAAAAUGGUAAAUCAGGCGUCCACAAUUCGGGCGGUCGGCGGUCAUUCGCCCAUGUCCAGCCCCCAGCUAUCGCAUAGACACAUCUCACAUGCCGGCCCCAAGGAUGGGCGUGGGGGAAUAGCCGCAGCAGCAGCAGCUCCAACAGCUCCUGGCAGCGAUAUCAUUGGUGAUGUGGUGGGCAACUUUGGCAUCUGGCAGCUGCGCACCAUACUCAUCAUCUUCCUCUGCAAAAUACCCGCCGCUUGGUUCAUGGCCUGCAUCAUCUUCACCGCGCCCGAGCUGUAUCCACGCACGGAAUUCUCCUGCGACACCAGCUAUCUGAGCAGCUCCAGCUCCAAUUACAGCGUCUCGGAUAACCAGUGCUAUGUGCUGGACGAGAACUCAGGCGGUCGCAGCGAAUGUGAGCAGUUCAGCUAUGUCUCCAGCUUUGAUUCGCUCAUCAUGCAAUUCAAUCUGGUUUGCCUGCGAGACAUUUUCAUUGCGUGGACCCAGUAUUGGCAUCUAUUUGGCGUUCUAGUUGGCGGCGUCGUGGGCACCAAGAUGAUGCUGGUCGUUAGUCCGCGCAGCACCUACUGUGUGGGCGCCGUGGCUCAAAUCCUGUGUGGUGUGGUCACAGGCUAUGCGCGGGACUUCAGCCUGCACUGCGCCUUCCGCUGCCUCUCGGCCGUGUGUUGCGCCAUUAUGUUUACCGCUGGACAGGCCAUAUUUACGGACAUCACGGCUGGCAUGCAUCGCAUCGGCGCCAUCAUACUCUACGAUACGUUCUGGUCCAUUGGGGUCAUCCUGCUGCCGACACUCUCGUCCUUCUUCAAUAGCUGGUCGCUCAUCUACGUGGGCAUCACAUUUCCCACUGUGAUGCUUAUUGUUCUCUUGUACUGGACACCAGAUUCACCGCGCUGGCUCCUCCGCCACGCAGUGGAUCAUCAUUCCAUUACGAAUGUGGAGGAGAUAGUGCGUGAGGGCGCCGCGAUUAAUGAUCGUUGCUUCAAAAUACCGCCUGAUUUUCGCCAGCAGCUGGAACAGCUCAGCGAGAAGCUAAAGGCAGCUCCUGCGCCUGCACCCUGGACGCAGCUCUGGCAGGGCAAACGGGCCAAGACGCACAUGGUCGCUGCCCACCUGGCAUUGGCGUUCUUUGUCAUUAAUUUCAUGGGCAUGCUUUUGAAUAUCAGAUCUUUUGGCCGAGACUAUCUUGUGCCCAAUACCAUAGCCAUGGGUUUCUCUGAGAUUAUUGGCUGCUUCCUGGCGCUGCAUUUCACACUGAAGCACAACAAGUGGAAAUGGCAAUACGCUGGUACCUUCAAUAUACUCGCCGGCAUGCUGGGCUGCAUGGGCUGGCUCUUCACGGGCGCCGACUCCAUGGAUGCUGAUUUGAAGGUCUCGCUGUGGAUGAUCAUUGCCACCAUACCCAAGGCGGGUGUGUCGUGUGCCCAGUCCAUGCUCCUGGCCUGCAUGAAUGAGCUGGUGCCGGCAAAUAAAAAACAGAUCUUUGUCUUCUCCGUGGUCACCUGGGCACGUGUUUGGCUGCUCUCCGCACCCUUCUUCAAUGUACUCAAAAAAAUCGAUACGGCUCUCUCGCUGACCUCGUACUCUGUCUUCAGCAUUUUGGGUGGCAUCUGUACCUGCCUGCUCUUGACGCCCCGCACCACCGCGGCGCCUGUGGUGCCUCAGAUGGAGCAGCAGCAGCAGGACAAGAAGGAGCAAUCGCCGCUUAAUGCGCCCGUUUGGACCAUCGAAUCGGAUGUGCAUAACACGCGCUUAUAAAAAUUAAGUACUUCUUGAUUUCCAGAUAUUAUCAAUACAUUAUAUAUAUUUAGCUAAUAAAACUCAUUUCUCUGUGAUUAGUUAAA